ACAGAGAGAGAGACUAGCUAACCUACCCUCACUAGGAGGAAGUAGGAAUAAUCUGAAGGUGAGAGACAGGAGACAGCAACUUAAUGAAGUCAGUAUAGACAAACUGAGAACAGCAGUUCAUCAUGACAAGUCUUCGAAGAGUGUUCUUUAGCCUCUCUGCUGCUCUGUGGAGUGUAUCUAUUGCAGAUGAGAUCGUAGUAUCAGGAUAUGAGGGAGGAGAAGCAGAGAUCAGUUGCUCCUAUGGCCAUGGGUAUGAGAAUUACAAAAAGUACCUCUGUAAUAGGGGCUGUGACAACUCUGAUAUUGUCAUUGAAACUCAAUUGGGAGUUCACCACACUAAGAAAGGCAGCUUUUCUCUGCAUGAUGACAUAAAGAGAAGAGUCUUCACUGUGAAUGUCACUAAACUGACCCUACAGCAUGCUGGGAUAUACUGGUGCGCUGUGAGCAGAUAUGGGAAAGACAUCUAUACAGAAGUCAGACUGCAAGUAGUCAAAGAAACAACAACGCCUCUGUCUCCAUCUCCAAUGACCCUAGUCACCACCGUGACCUCAGUGACCUCUACAUCAUCAUUAUCAUCAGCAUCAACAUCAUCAUCACUAAUGCCACCUUCAUCAGCAGGCUUCACCAACAGGACCUAUGUGUUUAUUGCGUUCACUGUGAUGACUUUUUCUGUGAGUCUGUCUGUGUUGAUGUUGGCACUCAUCAUAAUAUACAGAUGCAAGAGGAUCCAGGGGUCUGCAGAACCACACAGAGAAACAGGGCUGUCUGAGUCGGUGUAUGAGGAUGUUUAUGAGAAUACAGAAGCUGUGUGUGUGAAUGUGAAACUGGCUUCCUGUAAGAAACAAUACUCCUCCCAACCUUAUGAGGAUGUUGAUGAUGAUGACGACGCCCAACAGGAGUCUGUCUAUCAAGACAUCACACCUUAUGACAACAUCUAUCAAAGCCUCAAUAUCACUACCACAGACGGACACUGA